AUGGCUACGCAACUCUACGAGGUCUUGGAGAUCCGCCAGGACGCUUCCCCGGAGGAAGUGCGCAAGGCGUACAAGAGACUGGCGCUCAAGACACACCCUGACCGCUUGCCUCCCGGCUCGACGUCGGCUGACAAGGCAGCGGCAGAAGACAAGUUUCGUAAGGUCAACAACGCCUACGAAAUCCUAAGCAACGAGGAGAACCGGAAGAUCUACGACCAGUACGGCGUCUUCCCUCCUCCAGGCCCCGACCCGUCCGCCUCCUCCUCCUCUUCGUCUCGCUCUCGUCGCGGAGCCCGCGACCCCUUCGACGACCCCUUCUUCUCCGGCGCAGGCUUCUUCGGCGGCAGCGCCUUCGGCUCGCGCGAGGGCCCCUUCGGCUCGCGCAGCGGCUCCUUCUUCCCCGACCCCUUCGCCCACGACCCCUUCUUCAGCCGGCGCACCCGCGGCUUCACUUUCACCGACCCCUUCGAGCUCUUCGACGCCUUCUUCGGCGUGCCGCACGAGCGC